UUACAAGGAACCGGCGUCCUCCAAAGUUGAAAAACCACAAUGGCAAGUUGCGUGGCGCGAAAAUACGUGCUAGCAGCUUUCCUUGAAUCGGGUGAGAGCGCCACGUCUGUCGGCCUGAAGGCAAGCGGCCUUUUCUAAUUUCCUGCGACGGACAAAACCCAUUUCCAACCGACUCCCAGAUUUUCUCGAUUCCGAGACUCUCUCGCCUCCUCUCCUUCAAUCAUCGUCAUCCUUUCUCUACCCGACAAACCCUAGAAUCAUCUCCACAGGCAAAAAUUCCCGACACCACACGAACUUCCGGCAAAAAAUUUGCAGAUUUCUGCCACAAAUGCAAUCCGGAAAGGUUUCUGUAUGUAGUUUUUGUUUUUUUUCCGUGUUUGGACUAGUUCAGAUCUUUUUUCUUUGAGAAACUGUAGAUUGAGCGAUUGGGGAAGUUAUCAUAAUUCCGUGUGUGGAAGGAUAAGAAAUUUGAUAUCUUUUGGAUUUUCAAUUAGGAAAAUCGUCGUUAUUCCGAGAAUUUGAUUCCUGAGUUUGGUCUUUCUUUCUUUAGAAUUUAUAUUUAUUUCUUCGGUUUAGAUUAAAGAUGAGGCAGGCCCCGCCAGGACUUGCUCUGAUCGGCAAGGAAUGGAGCUUGGGUACAUACAAAUACUUAGUUUUGCUGCUUACUUUUAUGGCAUAUGCUUGCUAUCAUGCUUCUAGAAAGCCCACUAGCAUUGUUAAGAGUGUUUUGCAUCCGGAGCCAGUCAAGGUUGGGUGGUCACAUCCAUGGCCCGUUGGCGAUCUGUUUGUUAGGGAUAGUGGAUUUGGUGGCAAUGUGACCAGAUUGCGCGCCAAGGGAUGGGAGCCAUUUGAUGGAGAAGACGGGACUGUGGAAUUGGGGGAGAUUGACCUCGCAUUUCUUGCUUGUUAUUCUUUGGGAAUGUACGUGGCCGGGCAUCUUGGGGAUACGUUAGACCUCAGGUUGUUUUUGACGACAGGAAUGAUCGGCAGCGGAGUUUUUGUCGGGCUUUUUGGGAUGGGGUAUUUUUGGAAUAUACACUCGUUCUGGUUUUAUAUAUUGAUGCAGAUGGCAGCUGGAUUGUUUCAGGCGACGGGGUGGCCGUCUGUCGUUGCAGUCAUUGGCAAUUGGUUUGGAAAGAGAAAGAGGGGAUUGAUAAUGGGUAUUUGGAAUGCUCAUACAUCAGUGGGUAAUAUUACUGGGUCGCUCCUUGCUGCCAGUGUUCUGCAGUAUGGGUGGGGCUGGUCUUUUAUUCUGCCUGGAGCAUUGAUCUUCUUCGGAGGGAUAAUAGUUUAUUUGUUCCUGCCUGCUUAUCCGGAAGAUGUUGGGCGUCCUUGUUCAAAUGGGUGGAAUCCCUCUUUUACACCAGCAGUGGGACCCAAAGAUGUAGAGGCACAGAUAGAGAAAGGGGGUGCUGUUGAAAUGGAGGCGAGCAGUAGUGAGAAAGAUGGAUCAGUGCAUGCCAUCGGGCUCAUCGAAGCUUGUCUGAUACCGGGUGUGAUACCGUUUGCGCUGUGCCUCUUUUUCUCGAAGCUUGUGGCAUACACGUUCUUGUAUUGGUUGCCCUUUUAUCUUAGUCAGACUGCCAUCGGUGGUGAAUAUGUCUCAGUCAAGUCAGCUGGAAACCUUUCAACCCUCUUUGAUGUGGGGGGAAUCGCGGGUGGAAUUCUCGCAGGCUACAUAUCUGAUAAACUCAAUGCCCGGGCAAUUACAGCAGCCAGCUUCAUGUACUUGGCAAUUCCGUCGCUGCUUCUCUACCGCUCAUAUGGGGGCAUUUCUCAGUCAAUGAACAUUGCAUUGAUGAUGGUUGCUGGUUUGUUUGUCAAUGGGCCUUAUGCACUCAUCACAACGGCUGUUUCUGCUGAUCUUGGUACUCACAGCUCCCUCAAGGGGAACUCCCGGGCAUUAGCAACGGUGACUGCCAUAAUCGAUGGUACAGGAUCAGUCGGUGCUGCUUUUGGGCCUCUCCUUACUGGUAUCAUUUCGAGAAAAGGAUGGGAUGCAGUCUUCUUAAUGCUUAUUAUUGGGGCAUUAAUUGCCGGUCUCCUCUUAUCUUGUCUAGUUAUAUCUGAAAUUCAAGAGAUAGCCUGCAAGCAGCCUGUAUCCUGUGGCUCAAGGCAGCAAGGAAUAGAAGGUUCCGCAGAAGAACCUCUUUUGAGAGAGGAAAGGCGAUAAUACCAGCACUUCUACAAGCAUCAUGAUCAGCUAUUUCUUUUUCUUGACCUUGUUCGGGCUCAGAAACAAUCUUUCAAAUGGUGAUGAUCCUUGUGGGGUGGCUUGCAAUUUGCCCCCGUUUUACUGUUGUAUGUUGGGUGGUUAUAUUGCAGGUAUUGUGAUUAUAUACACACAGAGAGAAGAUGGACAGUGACAAGAUUUGUUAUUAAAUAAAAAUAACACUUAUAAUCAA